AUGAGUAAUCAAAGUGAGAAUGAUUUAUGUUCUCGAAUAAGUAAAUGGAUUUAUCAUGAAUUAUGGAAUUGUAACUAUAGCCCAUCACGUGACAAUUGCAUUGCUUAUGGAAAAGCAUUAGUCAACAUUGCAUCUGCUGAUGGAUAUUUAGGCGACGAUGAACUGAAUUGGGUGGUCGGAUAUAUGGCUGCUAUUGGAGCACCGGCUGAUACCAUUGAAACUAUUAAAAAGUACAAAGCCAAUUCCGAACAAUUUGACGAUAUUUUUAAAAAUGUUAAGGCAACGACCAGCGCAAAAACUGGUUUGAUCUACGAUGGAUUUAAAGCAGCCUCGGCCGACAAUGUUUUACACGAUAGAGAAAAAGAUGCGAUUUAUAAAUUGGGAGAUAAAUUCGGAUUAGAACGGCAUAUUGUCGAGCAAAUUGAACAAAUAUUUCAAGAAGAACAAAAAUUAAAAGAAAAGAGAAUUAAACUACUCUUUCCUGAUGGUUAUCCAGAUUUUACUAAAUAA